AUGGACCACACGUCUAAGGGCGAGUCCAUCGAGCUUCGCGACACCACUCAACAUACUAACUCAGACACACUUUUUACCUUGUCCGAUUUUUCUAACGGUAACCGUCGCUCUGCAAAUGACGAUGCGACUCUUAGACGCCUCGGGAAGAGGCCACGGCUUAAUCGUAGCUUCGGUUUUAUGUCGAGUUUAGGACUUUCAUGUUCGGUUCUACUAUCAUGGGAAGGUAUAUUGGUUACGUCGGUUCCAACGUUUCUGACUGGUGGUCCUGGUGGUGUUAUUUGGGCGUUCUUAAUCGGCUGGGUGGGAGUUACGUCCGUUUAUGCUGUUGUCGCUGAGUUGGCCUCUGCAGCUCCGACGGCCGGUGGGCAAUAUCACUGGGUUGCUAUGAUGGCACCGGAGUGGUGCGCCAACUUUUUGUCUUACCUGACUGCCUGGCUCACGACUCUGGCCUGGCAAGUCAUCGCUAUCACCACCAGUUACUCUGUAGCGACCAUCAUCCAAGGGCUUGUGGUCCUGGCCAAACCGACUUAUGUCGCGAUACCAUGGCACACCGUCCUGAUCAUGUGGGCUGCAGCGGUGUUUUCCGUAAUAAUCAACUCAACCACCGGCCGUGUGCUAGCCAAAUUCGAGGGUCUAGUCUUGAUUCUUCACCUCACUGGCUUUUUCGGCGUGUUAAUCCCCUUGGUUUAUUUCGCACCUCAUAAUGAGCCAGCCGCGGUUUUUACUACAUUUUCAAAUAACGGCGGAUGGCCAACUCAAGCACUAGCAUUUUUCGUCGGAAUUCCAACUGUCGCCAGUACUCUUACGGGUGCAGAUUGUGCGGUUCAUAUGUCGGAAGAGGUCCGAUCAGCCAAUGUUGUUGUUCCACAAGCGCUACUCUACACCAUUUUCAUCAAUGGAGCUUUGGGGUUCGCUAUGGUUAUUGCGCUACUAUUCUGCAUUAGCGAUAUAGAUACUGCGAUCGCCGCUGCGGAUACUAUGUUCUAUCCGUUUCUCCAGAUUUUUGAGUCCGCCGUGAAGUCAACUACUGGGGCCUGUAUUAUGACGGGGAUCAUACUUGUGUUGGCAAUUGCUAGUUCUAUUAGCACAUAUGCCUCUGCGUCGCGCAUGCUGUGGUCUUUUGCGCGGGAUAAGGGAUUGCCAUUUGACAAGUAUUUGGUUAGGCUUAACCAAAAUACGCUUCCUGUUUACGCGAUUAUGGCUACUAUGGGAAUUACGGUCUUGAUCUCACUCAUCGUGCUUGGAUCGUCAGUAGUACUAUCUGCGCUGCUCUCACUUCUACUGGCAGCCAUAUACUCAUCAUACCUUCUCGCGUGCGGAUUACUUCUAUGGCGUCGAUGCACGGGCGCUUUUCAACCUUACGUGCCAGGUGUUGAUAUCAGUCCCAUCCACGCCGAUCAACUUGUCUGGGGUCCCUGGAAGCUACCCGAACCAUUCGGCACAAUUAACAAUGCGUUUGCCUGUGUCUAUACGACCUUCUUAUUAUUCUGGUCAUUCUGGCCUCAAUCAAACCACCCGACAGCAGAGGAACUCAAUUGGAGUGUUGUUGUCUAUGGUGCCGUGGUCAUAUUUAGCAUCGUUUGGUACGUCGUGCGAGCCCGACAUUACUUCAAGGGACCUAUUAAGGAAGUAUAA